AAAAUGGAGCCUUGAUAUGGCAGCACAAUGAGUUAUAUCAGCUCUCACACCAAGUGAAUCACCGCAGUGGAUUAAUUUUCACAAACACACUUGGGUUUGAUUGUCGGGAUGUCGACGAUCCACAAUACGAAUCUUCGCACACCCAGUCCAAACCAUGGACAACAGAUCGUACGCGGCCAAGAGCGCAAAGGCCCCAGUUCUUCACCAGUGGUCAAUGCAAGAGCGUCUACUGGGUCGCUGAUCAAACCUCAAACGAGUCGUCUCACUCCCCGAGAUUCCGAUGGUUCUCAGGGAUUGGCUGCCUUCAAGCCAAGUUCCAACUUGAAGUCGAACAACCGAAGCCCAGUCCCUCCAUCUAUGUCACACCUGAAGCGCUCUCCAAACAACUUUCAGUCUACCAUGAGUGAUAAGAAUGUCACGAUAAAGCCAAAUCCAAAAAGAGCUGUUCUCGCACAGGGGUCUGUCACUUCCAUUCGGCAAGUUGGGUUUGCAUCAGCUGGAAUGAAUGCUGCAACGGGAACACCAAGGUCACAGUUUCAAUCCAGCGAAGUCUCCUGUACUCCACGAGGUCAAGGAGCGUUACACAAUCCCAGCGUAGUGGUGAAUCGGUACUUCGAUGGCUCUCAGAAGGUGGCGCUUGCCCCGGGGACUCUCAUGAACAAAUCCAACUCUGUCGCCGCCAACUCCAUGGACGAACCGCAUGACCAAGCCAGUGGAAGGCGAGUGUUAGGAUUUGCACGAGACAAUCAGAGGAAAUCCGUUUCUGGAUCACCGGUUUACGGCGUACAGAACGCUGCUGCUUCUUCGCUGGAUUCGGCAAGAAGCUUUAAAGGUAAAUUUUGAUUGAAUGUCUUCCAGAUUAUUUCAUUUCUUAUUGAAAUGCUGAAAAAAACACUUGCAGGGGUUCAAUGGCUGCCUGUCCAGGAUCAGAAAAGCAAUAUACAGAGCUCCAUUCUGUUGUUGCAGCAGAGCCAGCUGUUUCAGAGUGAUCCAGUACUCAGAGAUCUUUUACGAAUGAUAGUCAGUCGUAUCAAU